CAUGUCCUGCCCGGAGAAGUGCCAGACGUGCGAGCCCUGCCAGCCCUGCCGGCCCUGCCAGCCCUGCGGCCCGACCCCGCUGGCCAACAGCUGCAAUGAGUGCUGUGUCAGGCAGUGCCAGAGCUCCACCGUCGUCAUCGAGCCCUCCCCGGUGGUGGUGACCCUGCCCGGCCCCAUCCUCAGCUCCUUCCCUCAGAACACCGUUGUGGGCUCCUCCACCUCCGCCGCCGUUGGCAGCAUCCUCAGCUCCGAGGGAGUGCCCAUCAACUCCGGGGGCUUCGACCUCUCCUGCAUCACCAACCGCUACUGCGGCUCCAGGUGCAGACCCUGCUAAAGCCGCCGCUGACAGCCCAGCCAAGGAGCCCCGCGAACCCAGCAGAUGACGCCAGA